UUCGUGGACACACUUCCCUCGUUCCAGCUGCAUACUUCCGCUACCACUCUCUCUCUCUCUCUCUCUCUCUCUCUCUAAAUAUUUUCUCUCUCUUCCCCUCUCUGUGUGGACGCUUUCCGUGCAUAAUCACAACAUUUUGAGAGUGUUUCAUUUUGCAGAGGUUCUCAAGACAAGAGAGCCUGAUAUUACUAUAUCAGAGCCAGGAAGACCUAGUUCGAGUUCAAGCGUCAAGGAUAUCUGCCUCUUUCCACUCGUCCCUCUUUUCUAGGGUUUCAGGGAAUCUCUUAGCUAAAAUUCAGUGGCGUUGUCUACACCUUUGCAUCACAUUUUUUAGGUGGAGAUGAUGAUCCUUGUGCCAUCCAAAAGACCCCUGUAUGAUCUCCCAUAGAAGGGACCUGCUAGUGAAAAGUACGCGUUCCAACAAUUUCGCUCAAUGCUCUGAAUAUCCAUUCCAAAACGUUCAAUAGUUAGUCCACCAUUCACUGAUAGUUGGAUACUGUGCCAAAAAGGAAAAGGGGGUUAAAGAGUUUCCUUGCACUCUCUCUCUUCAUUAGUUACGAUGAGGGAUUCCGAAAAUGCCCUUCCUCCUUCCAAAAAGAGGGUUGCGGGUAGGGAGCUUUCACGUGAUAACCCAGAUCGUGAUGAUGAAGACGAUGCUCCCGAUGAAGAGAGUGGGACCUUUCAAAAAGCAAGUGAGGAAGUAUUGGCCUCUCGAAGGAUGGUCAAAGUGCGCCGAAACCCACCUCCUACUUCAACUGCUUCCUCCAAUCCUUUUGCAAGUGUUCGCUUGGUUCCCCCUUCAAUCCCUCCCGUUGAUAAUGAGGCCGAGCCUUCCACAAGUCUGACCGAAACCACUGUUGUGUCUCAAGAGGCUGCUGAUGCAUACACUUCAAAAGUGAAAGUUGGGUCUUCUGUUGUGGCCGAAUCUAAGGAGAAUAAGGAAGGAAUAGAGAAAAAAUCAACUGAGCUGAGUGGAGAAGCCACCGAUGCUUCCAUAAAUGAACCAAAUGGCAAAAAAGAAGGCGGGGACGAGUCUAAAGGUGACACUGAUGUGCCAAAAGAAGCAUCGGAAGCCACUGAUAAGGUGGACUCUGUGAAGGAGACCACUGACUCGGAUGAAACAAAGAAAGAUGAGGAGGAGGCUAAAAAGAGAAGUGAGGAGAAAACUGGUGAAGGGGACGGCAAUGGAGCUUCAACAGCGGCAGCUGCUCCUUUCAGUUCAUUUCAGCAGCUUUCUAGUGGCCAGAAUGCCUUUACGGGGCUUAGUGGAACUGGGUUUUCGAGCUCUUCAUUUUCUUUUGGAACCAUCCCAAUAGAGGGUUCAUUCGGGUCAGGGGCUUCUACAUUUGGGGGCUUUGGUUUGGCCGCAGGGCCCCUGUUUGGGUCAAACAAUGAUAAGAACACCAAAAAUGGAAGUUCUUCUCAUCAACUCUUUGCUUCUUCGACUGGUUCAAAUGAUGUGACUAAAUCUAGUGGCAGUUCUUUGACACCCAUGCCUGAGGUUCCUUUGGAAACUGGCGAAGAGAACGAGAAAUCUGUUUUCACUGCUGAUGCAGUAUUAUUUGAAUAUUUGGAAGGAGGCUGGAAAGAGAGAGGAAAGGGUGAACUCAAACUGAAUGUUUCGACAACCGACAGUGGGAGGGCGAGGCUUGUGAUGAGAGCUAGAGGCAAUUAUAGACUGAUAUUGAACUCAAAUCUUUAUCCCGACAUGAAGCUCACCAAUAUGGAUAAAAAGGGCAUCACGUUUGCCUGUGUGAAUAGUGCAAGUGAAAGGAAGGAUGGGCUUUCUCUCUCUACAUUUGCCUUAAAGUUCAAGGACAGUUAUUUGGUGGAGGAGUUUAGAGGAGCUGUGACUGCUCACAAAGGUAAACAAACUGCAGUUUUGAAGACCCCCGAGAAUUCCCCGAAGGCCAAUGAUGAUUGAAUCCGAGUAUUUCCUUACAAAGGUUGGAACCACUAUAGAGUAUCGAUAAAAAUUUUACUUGCUGUCUGUCUUCUUCUUAGUUUUGGUUUUUUGUUAUGUUUUAAGUUUCGGAGGUCUCAAGUCUUAAUGCAUGGGGAUAUUCUAAAAUAAGGAGCCUCAUGUAUCUGGCCAUGAGGGCCUAUGAUAAUUUUUGAAUCACUUGUUACUAUGUAGUGAAAUAGGUGGGUUUUCUUGUUUCAGUUACAGGAAGUCUAUUUUGCUAGUAUGGUGAUCUCAUUUGUACUGCUAUGGACAAAAAGGUAUAUUAAGAUGUGGUCUACAAACUUGAGGUGGUGCAUCGGCAUUAAUGCUUAACAUAAUUUUACGGAAUCUCUUUGGAUGGUUACAA